AUGGCCGAAGCCCAGACCAUCACAUACCGAGGAAACUGCCACUGCGGCAAGUUUGUGUUUGAGACAAGGUUGCCCGAGAUCAAGAGUGCAAUUGAGUGCAAUUGCAACAUUUGUAACAAAAAGGGCUAUCUCUGGAUCUUUCCUGGUCAAGACAAUGUGAAGAUUAUCAAGGGCGGCUUAGAGGACCUGACGACGUACGAGUUUGGUCCUAAGAAGCUGAAACAUCUGUUUUGCCCGACAUGCGCUACGGCAAUCGCUGGAUCGUCAGAGGACGAGGAGAAAGACUUUCAACUUGCUCUUAAUGCUCAUACUUUUCAAGGUUUGGAUACCUGGGUUCUAGAGAGACAUCCAUACGAUGGUGCCUCCUUGGGAGAAACAUACCAGCCUCCAGUUCACAAAGGAGAGCUUCCCAAGCCUGAAGGCGAAGACGUUGUGUAUACAGGCAGCUGCCACUGUGGUGCAGUCACGGUAGCCACAACGGCCAAGCGUCUGGAUGAGACCUUUGAAAGAGCUAUCCAAUGCAACUGCAGCAGCUGCGAGCGCAAUGCCGCUCUCUGGGUAUAUAGCGAAAACGAAUUCGUCAUCUUAUCCGGCGACGAGGCCGACAUCGGAAGGUACCGAUUCAACACGGGCAUGAUGGACAAGGUUUUCUGCAAGAUAUGCGGUGUCAUCUUGACGAACCAGUUCAACGAUGAACUGUCCGAGGAGGAAAUCGCUGCGCUUCCGGAGAAGAUGCGCCGGCUGUACGAUAAUCAGCACACGAGGACGGGGGUGAAUGCGCGGGCGUUGCACGGAGUGGAUGUGAACAAGUUGAAGACGGUGAAGGUGGAGGGGCGAGACAAGAUUCCGGGAGACUAUGUGAAUCCUUGA